CAUGUGAUAUGGGCUGGGCCUGCAGUCCUUCCUGCUUUGUGAGGCAGAGAUCAAGAUUCUUCUGCUGUGCAGGGACAACAAUUUUCAGGACAGUUUCUCUCAUUAAAGGAAAGGAAACCAAACAGAUCUCAAACAGGAAAACUCAAAAGAAGGAAGGGUGUUUUUUUUAUUGGUGUCCCGUCCUAAGGUCAGAAGGGGAAGAAGCAGGGACAAAAGAGCUUUCACAUUUCCCUGUGAUGAAGAGAGAAGUUAAAAUAUGAUUCUUCCUACCUACCAGAAGCUCUCUCUGAUGUCUGUUCCCUUAGCCACCCAGCUGUCCUCCAUCGUCUGCUACCACCAUCCAUACUACCAUGUGGUUAGAGUCACACUGGAAGAAUAUCCGCCAAACCUUGUUGCUUCUUUUCACUGCUGCUCUUCUCACUGGGGUCACAAUGCUAGCCAUUUCAUCUAAUAUCAAUCCAGUAGGCUAUUUCUUCCUAGGUGUAGGAGGAGUGUGCCUGAUUGGCUAUUUGUUGAGCGUGUUUGUUGAGUGUUACCUGAAGCAUCAGCACCUACAUGAUACAAACGAGAGAUCUCCUAACAGACAGAGCCAAGCAGGGGUGAAUGCUGCCUAUGAAGCACCUACCUAUGAGGAGGUGAUGACUACGUCAGCUCCCCCAAUAUGGACAAUUGCGUCCAAUCCAGGCAUAGUGCCCUCACCACUGAAUGAGCCUCCACCUUACAAUGCAGUUAUUGAAUCAUCUGCCCAAGAAGAGACUGUGGUAGAGACUCUCAGGGUCUCAGUGCCAAACACAAGGUGCACCUCUGAGAUAGACAGAGGCUCCAGGAUGCACUUGCAACUGGUACAGCCCCCCAGGUUGCAGCGGUUUGUUUCAGACAUCCAUGAAAUGAAAGGUAUUGAAGACAGGUUUGAGCCACUGGAGCCACUCACUCCACCACCUGCUUAUGAGAGUGCCAUCAACAAUGAGAUCUUUGAAAGUGCUUUCCAGCCCUCAGUAUUAUGAUUAAUUCCACCUUCUAUGAAUUCAGGACCAAACCCUCACCACAAUGCAGGCUGCACCUGGAGGGAAGGAAAAAGAGAUGAGUCUUUUUCAUGCCUGAAACAGUAGAAGUUUGUCUUGCCAUUCUUCAGACCAGAGCUGAACUAGAAACAUAGCUUCUGAUUUCACUAGAAUCUUCAUGCAUGCUCAAAACAAUACCACAGUUCUUUGUCCAGGCAAAAUAUACAGAAGACCACUAGGAAAAAAAAGCUGUGUGAUACACAGCAGCAAUUCUGAGCCUAGGGAUACACCUUUUUGGAGGAGGAGAGUGAAUCAUGGGAAGAGACAAGGUUGCCAAAGGACUGCUGAAGAAGAACUGUGGAUGUAGCCAGGACAAGCUGGUUUGGAAAGGACAGGAACAGAAACACCAAUAAGUAAGAGGAAGAUACUAGCAGUUUCUCUCCUGUAAGAGAGGCCAACAAUGGGACACAUACACAUACCCUCUGCCUGGGCCACCAGUCUUCCCAAUUUUACAGGAGAAAGUAUUUCUCUAUUGUAAUACAGGCCAUCACAGAUCACUCUAGAUACUUUAUUGUCAUCAUGGCUGAUGUGUUUGCAUAGAAAUGUCAAUGCUGCUCAAGUUCUCGGCAACAAACCUGUGUGUGGAUGGUUUUGUUUGGAAAGGCCCAGUCCCUCUUCCAAGGCCAAGUUAAGACUGCAGCAGAGAGCACCUGGGAAUAGCAGUCAUGAAGCACAUGUGAUCUUUGUCAUGAUGGCUCUGGUCUGAAGCCAGAUCCUAGCUCUCACCAAUCAGCAAUACUACACUGUUUAAAACAGCUGAGUCAAACUGUUAUGUUCUGAAGUGUUAGAGUUGAAGUGGUCUGCAGUAUGCAGAGACUUUCAAGUUUGGUGAACGUCCACAUAAAAACAUGAAAUAUGGAGGUCCAAAUUUCCUUAUGAAAGAGAGCAGCAAUCAUCACAACCUUGGAGUACUGGAGGAUGGAGGGGGGGGAGGUAAGAGAGAACAGCAACAAGCCUGUGGUUAAGCGCAGCCAUUCAGUAGCACAUGCAGAGCAUCCAAAUAUCCAAAAUAGCAUAAAUUCUUAUUGAAGUUAGCUGUAAAAAGUUCUUGAAUGGCUUUGAUUCAGCAGGGUGACGCUACACUUAACCAGUUGCAUCAUAUGACUGCAUCAUUUUUAAUUCAUACCUGGAACCAUAAAGCCAUGGGUUAGGAGCAAAUAUAUUAUUUCCAGUUGUUUGAGUCUUUAUAGUUCAAAAGAAAAUGACUUUGUAUGUUUGUUACAAAUAAAGAGAACUAUUAAUGGUGGAUAUUAAGAACAUCUGAUGGUAUCAUCAGUUUUUCCUCGUCAGAAACACACCACAAAAUCAUGACUAACAGCUGCUUGCGUGCUGCUUAUUUGAUAACAUUGGCUUAGAAAAAGGAGAGGAAUUCUAUUUCUAAAUCUACAGCUGAAUCUCUUUAGUAUCAUUAAUGACAAAGCAGCUAUGAUAUCUCUAUCAUUAAAGUAUUAUGAGAGAAAAAAAACUGCCAUGAGAGACAUUGCAAUUUUUUAAAAAAAGGUUAAUUAUUUCCUGCAUGCUUCAGAACGCAGUCUGCCGCUCAGCAAAACCAAGAGAACAAAUUGCAACUAACAGUUACAGGUAGCAGUGUACCACAAAGGAAGAGAUUUAUGGCCUAGGUUAGGCAUUCCAGGAUCUUUCUGGCUGCAACAAAUUCCUAGGAGUCAGGAAGAAACACAGGCAACCAGCAGAGAUAAAAGCUAGCCAAAAGAAAGAGAAAAGAUGUCUCCAGUUAUGAUCAAUAGGAUUUUUUUCUUCAGCAUCUGAGAGGAUUAUUCAAGCACUUCAGCUUGUGUUAAGUUUUAACACACACCAAAGAACAACAAUUUGAAGCUUUACGUGGCAAGAGCUGAAAGUGUUUCCAUUAAAAGGAUACUUGCUUGCU